AAAAGUGAGGCAAGUCAUGGCAGAAAAGGAAGGAGCAAUUGUCAAGAAGGGUCAUGAGGAAGGGUUAAAAAUGGCCCUUUCCCUUCUUGAAGAAUAUCAACUCCCAGCAGGGCUUCUCCCUCUGGCUGAUGUGAUAGAAGUCGGGUUUGUGAAGACUACCGGGUACAUGUGGAUCCUGCAAGCUAAAAAAGUUGAACAUAACUUCAAGAUGAUUAGUAAGCUGGUGAGUUAUGGUGCCGAAAUAACUGGAUAUGUCGAGAAGAAGAGGAUCAAGAAACUCAAGGGAGUGAAGGCUAAAGAACUGAUGCUAUGGCCUCCAGUCGGUGAUAUCUCAGUGGAUGAUCCUCCUAAAGGAAAGAUUCACUUCAAGAGUCUCGCUGGCAUCACAAAAACUUUCCCAGUUGAGGCUUUUGCAGAUGGACAGUAACCGGAGAGAGCGGCGUAUCUUCAGAUUUAUAUGUUUUUGUCUGUACUUGUUUGCUUUCUUCCCACACUUGAACCUGUUUGAUGGUCAACUCCAUGUUGAGACAAAUAAGAAUUUGUUGUUAGAUGUUUUUUCAUGAAAGAAAUGAUGAAAGAUACACUUUGUGUUA